CCGGUUUUGUGUUGCGCUAUCUCCUAUUUUGUGGUAAUUUAUAUGCGUCGACCACCAAUAUUAUCUGUGGAGUUGCUAGGACUCUAGGAGUUGCGGUACUCCUCGUCGCUGAGAUUUGAGAUUGUGCCUAGUGCUCCGGAUAUUAUGUUUGGCUGUAAAACAGGAUGCAUGGUUGUGUAGCUUUAGGCAACUGUGCAAUUCGGGAUGUAUGAGUGACUAUCGCGCCAACAGGAUUUUCAUGUAGCCACGAAUAUCUAGUUAGGAGGCGAUGGAGAGUUUUACUAAUGGGAAUGUUCGAUUACUGAAGCAUGAGCGUAGCAUUGUCGCAGAGGAUGAUCUUGACCAGCGAUGGCAGGAAGCCACUGGAGAGUCUGUUUCUGAGGUCAUAUUCCUCAGCAAACACACUGCAGUCUCCAAACGUCCAGCACUCACAGUGCAUCCAAUUGGUGUGCCACAUCUGAAGGAGGAUGAAACCCCACCCCAAGGAGGAACUCCUGGAUGGGCAGCAAUUCCAAGUCCUCGAAUUGGACCUUGGCUCCGGUUGAUGCAAAAGAUAGCUGUAGAACAAGGCCUUGUUCCAGAGUUUGAGGUUACGCUUGAGGCUACUCACCAUGGACCAGUUACCAGCACACCCACCAUGUUUGUUGAGAUAGGAAGUACAGAAGACCACUGGGGUCGACAAGAUGCUGCACAGGCAAUUGCUCUAGUUCUAUGGAAAGGUCUUGGUCUGGAGGAUGGAAAUGCUGUUGGAACUUGGCAGAGGAAUUGUGAAAAGGUUCUAUUAGGUAUAGGAGGUGGUCACUAUGUUCCUCGUCACAUGGAUAUUGUCAUCAAAGAUGGUGUAUGGGUCGGUCAUUUACUCUCUGGUUACUCCUUGCCAAUGGACAUGUCGUCGCAAGUAAAUGUAAAGAGUUCUGAAGAGGUUGCUGGAAUGUGGAAGCACUCCAUCAAAGUUUCUUAUGAAGCAACAAAGGCAGCAUUUCCUGGUGGUGAAGUUAUCGCGCAUCUUGAUCACAAGAGCUUCAAGGGCUGGCAGAAGAAUGCUGUUACAUGCUUCUUGCAGGAGCAGAACAUCAGGAUAGGAAAGCCUAGCGAUUUCCUGUGACGUGCUACGACAGUGCUGGACAGGACAGGUGGAGAGGCUGUGAAUGCUUGAGCUGAUUUCCCUAUGCGCACGCUGAAUAAAUAUGAGACAUAGGGGCUGUUUGGUUCGUGGCUAAAUGUGUCAUACUUUGCCUAAGGUUAGUCGUUCGAAUUGAAUAACUAACCUUAGUUAGAAAAGUUAGUCAAAAUGUGGUAAAUUAGGCUCAAACCAAACAGCCCUAUAGUAAGACUCGAUCCUUAAUGCGGUUCAAGAGCUUGAAUUUGCCGUUA